AUGUCAUUAUUUUUAAAUAUUAUUAAUUCCAAUUUUGGAAAACCAAGUAAAUCAACAAAAAUAAAUGAUCAAGUAAAUAAUAAUUUUAAUAAUAUUAGUUCUUCAUCAAUAAAUACAAAUUCUAAAUGGGCUCCAAUAAUUCUUUAUCGUUAUUAUUGUAUUCCUCCAUGCUAUAUCUAG